CGGGCCUCGGCGGCAGCCAGUCACUGUCCGGACUCCUCUCCCUUUUCUGUUUUUGACCAGAAAUUCCUUCCUUGUUUUCGAUUCGUUUUGUCGGUCCGCUACGGCUCGCCUUUUCCGGCUUUCCUCCCCGUCUUGGGCCCGCUCUUUUUGACCGUGGACGCGUUUUCCACAAAUCCGGCCGACGUUUUUCCCCCGGUCCGUAGAAUUUCGCUUGUUUUCAAUACAUUUUACAACACCUCGGCGUUGUCUGAUAAUGAAAAAGUAUGUGAUCUUUUGUCUUCGUACCUGGUGACGAGAGGUCCUGCACUCCCGACGACCCUAUCCACGUCGUAUAACGAGCCCUGUUGCAGAUGUCAAAAGUGUGCGUCGAAGAGGGAGAAACGAGCGUGAGGGUUGUCGCAACAAAGCCGCACCUCGUUAGCCUCGGAGGUGGACGAUUGAGCACUGCCAUCACCAUCCACCCUUUAGAACGAGGUAAGACAGUCCUUGGAUCUGGAAGAAAUGCCGAUAUACAAGUAUCCGGACAGGGAGUAGAAGAUGUGCACUGUUCUAUCGAGAAUGAUGGCGGUGUAUUAACGCUGAUAUCGCAUUGGGGCGUGACAACAGUUGAUGGUGAUCAGGUGACGAAGCCCAGGCGGCUCACUCAGGGUUCUAUCCUGGGACUCGGCAAAACUACCUUCUUCAGGUUCAAUCAUCCAGAUCAGGCGAGAAUGAUUAAAAAGAGCCUCCCUGAUGUCAAGUCGACAGUACUUACAUUUUACCAAGGACUUGAUGGACAUACUCCAUAUCAUCAUUUGGAGUCUAGAUCACGAGAUGCCUUAAAUGAACUGUCACAGUUUUUAAUUAAAGGGUAUUCGCCUGAAAACGGGGAAAAUAAUGAAGUCGGAAGCCCGAAAAAAUCAUUACCGAGCCCUUCGUACAAUCGAGAUCCAUCACAAUUUUCCUCGCAGAAACCUCCGAUAAAGAACAGCCCUCAACAACAAUAUCCAUUACACAAUAUUACAUUGCAGGACAAGGGGAAAAAUGACAAGCUUGAUAACCAGUUGGCUUUAGAAGAGAUAUUGAACAUGUGUACAGAAUAUGAUCGCCAAAUGCAACAUGAAAGAAGUAGUAAACCAGUACAAAACAGAAUAAUGACAAACGGGUCCCUUCCAAGAGAAAAAAGAUCUCCACAAAGUUCUCCUCUUAGUUCCAGUUUAUUUGGAAAUAGCGAAUCCCCAGAUCAUGUUAAAGAUAAGGAAAAGAAGCUUCACACUUACGAGAAUGUCAGUUUUACUUCUGGAAGCCCUCGGCCGAGGAUUAAAACAUUUCUGAACAAGGAAAACCAAAUAAAAGAGAAUGGUGCAGAAAAUAGGAUUCCACUGGUCCUCGACCUCAAACAGGUCAAUGGACCCUUGCCAUCAAGGGAAAACAACAAUGCGUCUCCAAUCUACAACAAUGUAAGCCCGUCGAGUGAAACAAGCUCGAUUGGAGACAGUAAAACUGAUGAGAACACGGAGAGGAGGACUGAGAUGCUUAAAGCAAUGAAGUACAACUUCCUCGGCUACUCUCCAGUAAAUUCAUCGGCAUACAAGACAUGCGAUCAAAACGACUCAACUUGCGCCCCACAAUCGCCGUCUUGGACAAACCCCAAGCUCGAUAUGAACAGUUUCCCCGAUUAUGAAAUCUUGACGGGGCCAGAAGAGAACGUUAAAUUUCAACCCGAGGAUGAUAUCCCACCUGACAAAUUGCAUAAGCUUUUGGUCGAGAAGGAUUGCAUACAACAGCGGCUUAUUUCACUCAAGAACUUAAUCAAGGAACUUGAGCGCCAAGAGCAAGAAAUGAUACAAGAGACCGCAUUCGAAGAAGCCCUUGUGAGUGGUGAGCUCAACGCUCAGGACGAGAAGCUCGCCCAGGAUGAAAAGAGGAUUGCAGUUUUGAAAGAAAGGAUAAGCGAGUGUGAUAUAGCCAUGGAAAAAUGCCUAGCACAGCAAGGUGAAAGUCAAGAACACUUCAACAUUGUCAAAGCAAAGCACAUGUCAAUAAUUGAGACUUUGGAACAUAAAAUUAGAAAUUGUUCAGACGAAACACUGAAAUAUGAACUUAAUAUGUCUCUGAAAGAACAAAUGGAUUUGUUAGAUGUUGAAAGAAAGUCCCACGAGCUGCUAGAGUUCCAGCUCCUUGAGGAGGAGGCAGGAUGGCUGUCGAAACGAGAGGAUCUCCAGAAGGAACUGAACGAUGCUAUUGAACGUCAUAAGUUACGAAAAGCUAAAGUCGAGGAAUUGAAAAAAGCCAAGCCUACGAUCAGUAACAAUCUCGAGCUUGAGCGAAUUGUCCAUCUGAAAGAAAUUGAAGAGGGCAGGAAUAGACUGAAUGAAAUCAACGAAAAGAUUGACGCGAUUUCUGUGAAACAGACUGUCAAAGGUCUGACGGACGGUGUUGUCAGGAGACGGGUGACAAGCCAGGACGAUUUAGAUAGGAUAUCUCGAGUCACCUCGGGCGCACCGAUCGACAUGGGAGAUUGCAAUUCUCUAGGUCGGAGAACAAUAGCAUCAUUGCAAGAGAUCGAGCGUAAUCGGCAGAUUCACCUUGCCAACCAAGGAAGCCUGGUUAUUCAAGAAGAGAGGCAAAGGGUCGAGGAAUUGAAAAAGAGGGUCCAGGAUGAAGUAAAAGCACAGUGGCAGCUAAACAGAAACAGCAACUGCCAGUCUUUCACCUCAAUGAGUGAUUCUAGUCUUGAACCAACACGUGACAGUGGUGUAAGCAGUGAAGAAGCGGAAAAAGGCUUGCAGCCAGUGGACGAAGUACACAAUAAACCAUCUCCCGUCGAAGUCAGCGUGACACCAGAGAGCCGGCCUCUCUCAGAUGCAUCGGGUUACAGUGACGACCAGCAGAAUGUGAAGCUGCGGUCCAAGUCGUCGAUGAACCUCCAGCGACCGUUGACCCGGUAUCUUCCCAUCCGGAGUGACACGCUUGACCUGAAACGGCAUAUCGAGUCAGCCGGUCACCAAGUCGACCUCUGCCCGCAUUUAACCAUCGAUUCGACUUCAUGCCGCGGCUACCUCAACAAAAUGUCGACGAAAUUCAACUCGAGGUGGAACAAAAGGUGGUUCGUAUUCGACAGGGUGAAUCGCACCUUUUCGUACUAUUCGGACAAGUCUGAGAAGAAAGUCAGAGGCGGAGCAUAUUUUCAGGCGAUUGAAGAAGUCUACGUUGAUCACCUCAACACUUUCAAGUCUCCCAAUUCGAAAGUCACGUUUGUCGUGAAGAGCUCAAAUCGACUCUACAACCUUGAAGCACCAAGCCCAGAAGCUAUGAGGAUUUGGGUCGAUGUCAUUUUCACCGGUGCUGAGGGUUAUCAGCACAACUACAUUUAAGCAAGCGACGGUGCCUUUAUUUUUUCUAGUGCCUUGCUAAUAAAAAUUAUUAUCGUAUUAAAAGCUACUUUUAUCCCAAGAAAAUGUCUCAGUCUAUUGACAAAUCAGUUUAAUUUGUCGUCAAACUUAAUGUUGAAAACGCAACAGACCACUAGUCAAUAUGAGUUCAUCCUAGUUAAAAUGUUUUAUUGAGCUUUAAGUUUAAAAGUUUUAAUUUUCAAACAAAACAUUUUUGAAAUAAAGCUCAUAUAUAUUCAUACAGUACCAAUAUGUAUUGAUAUGCAUAUUUAAUGCUUAUUCAACUGAUGUAUCAUUUUCUGCAGGUAAAAGUGGCAAUUUUAGAUAGGCUGACCAACAUAUGCAAUAUAUAUACAUAGAUAUAAAUAUGUAUAUGCAUUUUUUUCUUUUUUUAUAAAACUAAAUGCAAAGACUGUAAUUUUCUUUUUUUGUUUUCAUGCAGUUGCCUUAAAAUAGUUUUUCUUCAAAUUUGAAGGGAAAAUUUGAAUGUUAUAUAAUUAAAAUAACCAGUAUUAAUUGGAUAAAUUGUUGCAGGAGUCAGACAAAUUGUAAAUACGUUUUGAGUAUGAAUAAGACAGAAAUAUUUUUUACAAAAUGCAAGUUUUGUAAAAUUUAGUUUGAAUUUUUAAAAAUAUAUUACUUUUUGUUUAAAUAUUAAUAUGGUUUCAAAUUGCUAAAUGAUUUUACUACUU